UCAAAAAGCAUUCCUCAGCAGUGCUGUCAAUCCCUAUCUUGAUCUGAUUUAAGAAAAUAUUUCUGAACACAUACUUUGUUGCCACAGUCUAUUCCUUUUCAAUCUCAAGAUUAAGUAACUGUAGUAUUUAGUUUUACUGGACUGUACAUUCUACAAACCACAGAUGACACAAAAUGUAAUGUUGGUAAACUGCAUAGCUCAGUGUGAGUGUGACAGUAAUGCCCUAUAACAUGCAGAACCUGCUGAUUUUCAAUCUCUAAUACUUUGAAUGGCAUACAAUUUGCUUUUUGGACAGUUAUCUUCUGUUUUCAGUACAGAAAUCCUGUUAUAAUACUGGCUGUAUUCAAAAAUUGGAGCUGAAGUUCUGUACCUGGCUAAGCAAAACAUCCAAAUAGAAGUCUCCACCUUAUGCUCCCCAAGAAUUCAUUUAACACAGGUCAUACAUUUCCUGUUGUUCUACUCCCGGUCCCACUUCAGUCUGUAGAUCAAUCAUAAGAAAUUAAAAUAUUGUUCAAACACUUAAGAUAUUGACCGUCACAUGCAUUAAAUAUGCCUGACGUCUUCUCCUUUCAAGUAAGCAUAUGAACAGAUCUGCAGCCUACUCUUGCUUUCUUUUUCCUUCUUGCUUCAGCGUAGAAGAAAGCAAUUACUGCACUUAUACUUGUGCUUCAGAGGCAGGCAGUGCUAUGCUUGCAGCUGACAAGGUCUCUACCUAGGGAGCUGCUCUCAAACACUUCCUACUAUUGGCCAACUCCAUGAGAGCGAUCCGCCUCGCAGCAAGGCUGGGUUGCAAACAGGCAGAACCAGAUUCCCCAAGUAGAAAGUAAUCAAUUUGCCUGUCUACUGCAGUCGCGAAAACCAGCUUCUCUCUCGCGCUGCUCCACUUGAAGAUGAGCCCUUGGACAAUUAUUUAAGGACGAGGAGCAGAAGGCAUGCAGAAAAGACUUACUGAAAUGCCACUCAAGACACAAUACUUGGGCAAAUAUUCAAAACAAUAUUUUCACAUUAUACUCAAGCUUACCCUCAGGAGCUCCAUUCUAAAGGAUAACACAGAAAGACUGCCAUCAGCACAGGAUUAAAAGAUGUCUUCAAGCAAGACCCUGAAAUAUUUUUCUGUGCUCAAAAUCAAACAGGGAAAUAUAGAUUGACCACAGAGGCCAGACUGAAACCUACAUCCACAGCCACUUGAAAGGAAAACAAGAAAAAAAAAAAAAACACAACCUGGAGCUAACUCCCUGUGUUGUAAGAGAGGUAAAGAAAUCUGAGCACAAAAACCAUGAGAGAUCGCCUCCAGGAGCUUAAACUGAGAGCCAAAGAACUACAGACAGUUGGAGAAAAUAACUGUCCACCUGUACAAGAAGAACAGGAAGAGUUUGAACAGCAGGCCAUUAUUUAUGAAAGGGAGCCUAUAACUGAAAGGCACUUCCAUGAAAUCCAGAAGCUUCAGAAUGAGAUCAAUAAUUUGAUGGAGGAAGUUCAAAAAUUCAGUCAACAACAAAAAAGUCUAGUAUCUUCAAUGAGAAGGUUCAGUGUUCUUAAAAAGGAAUCUAACACAGCAAGAGAAAUAAAAAUUCAAGCAGAGCACAUACGAAAAGGUUUGGAUGAACUGUCAAAAACAGUGAAAAAAGUUGAAAGUGAACAUGGGUUAUCACGUGCCAUAGUAAGAAUCCUAGCUUCCCAGCAUGCUUUCCUGUCCCGGAGUUACCUAAAUGCUAUGCUUUCAUACAAUGAAGCUAUAACAGCCAAGCAAGAGAAAUGCAGAAGAUUUAUUGUUCGUCAGCUUGAAGUAGCUGGUAAAGAGGUAUCUGAGGAUGAAGUCAACGAUAUGUUCCAGCAAGGAAAAUGGGAGAUUUUCAAUGAAAAUGUGCUCACUGAAGCCAAAAUUACUAAAGCUCAGCUUUCGGAGAUUGAGCAGAGACACAGAGAACUGGUCAGCCUAGAGAGUCAGAUCAAAGACUUGAAGGAACUUUUUGUCCAGAUAUCAGUUCUGGUGGAAGAGCAGGGGGAGAUGAUCAACAACAUUGAAAUCAGUAUGAACAACACUCAAGAAUACACCCAAAUAUCUAGGGAAAAAUUUGGACUUGCAGUCAGGUAUCGAAAAAGAAACCCUUGCAAAGUAAUAUGCUGCUGGUGUUGUCCAUGCUGCAAAUGACAGAGGAAAUGAACUUCUUAAGUAGCAAUGUAGUAAACUGAACUUAUCAGCCAAUCCCAGGACCCUUUUAUUGCUUUCCUUCUCUUUUCUUUCAUUUUCUUCCCUUUUCUCCUUCCACACACUCACUUCGGAAAAACUGCACCUGUUUUUCCAAACUGAGUUCAAAGAUUGAAAUGGGAUCUUCAUCUGUGCCUAAAUGUUAUGGUUUUCACAGAAACACAUGAACUAGAGGAAAAGAUCAAAGGAGACAAAUAACACUUUCUUGUUCUUCCACACAUAAGAAGCACCAACAAAACAAUGUGUCAGCAUGCCAUCUGUGCUUUUGGGAAACAUCAAAAUUACUGUAAAUCUCAGACAGGAUUCGCAAGACCAGUUGAAUUACAUUUUAUGAAAUAAUAGUAUUCUUUUAAUUGCUGUAGGGCCUUUUUUGUUUGUCCAAGUGCUCAUGUUUACUUGGUUCAAAUUUCAUUUUUUUCCCCUAAUAACUUGAAGUAGUACAAAUAAAAUUAACACAUAAAGCAGACAAUCUCAGUAACAAUCAAGAAACUGAUGCAUAAACUGUUUUCUGACUUACUGUUUAGUUAUCAAGACUAUUUGAGUAUUGGCUCUGUAAGAAGUUACUUACAGGUCAUCCUGGCACGAGGAAAUAAUGCUCAUAUUAUAGUAGGACAGCAUGCACUGCUUUGGGGCAUGCAGAACACACUGAGUUAUUUAUUUUAAUAGUGCAUUUUUGUAUUUCUUACAGAGACUUCUUACAAGUUUUGAGCUGGUAUUUUCUGAAAACAUUAAAGAACAUUAGCAGAAAAAGACCACUUCAAACCUACAGGACUUUUGUUAGCAGCCUGCUGAGGAAUGAAGUAAUAAUAAACCGAUAGGGAUACUUCCACUAUUCAAUUACCUAGGCAGACACCUACCAGGUAAGGGUAGGCGAAAAUUAUACAUCUAUUGCAUUGUGAUAAGACAUGUGAUUACUGUUGUCUAGCCUACUCAAACAGGCAGUUGCUUCUGCAGUUUCAAUUUCAUUAGUAAUAAAAUAAAUACAUAACAUCCUUUUAAAAAACAUCCAUAAUCUAGAAGCAGAGAAUUACACUGAAAGGAACCUCUUGCUCUGCUUCUUGGUCAAAUCAGGACAAGCGUUUAUCUAGUUGCAUCUCAUCUAUCACUUCUCAACAUAUCACCACCUCUCUGAGAAGAGCUAUGUUCCAUUUUCUCUGCACCUCCCUAUUAUGUAGUGUUAGGAUUUCCCCCCUUGGUUUCUUCCUACUUCUGAGCAAAUGAAGCUCUCUUGCAUCUCCUCAUAUCACAUGCUCCAUCACCAGCUCAAACUCACUGCAGUAUAAUCAACAUUUGUCUUCACUGUCUUUCUUGUAGUGAGGCAAGACAUUUAUUCAUACUACUAAAAGAGUGGCUAGAAAAAUUAGUUGAGGGUCUCCAGAACACUAAACGGUUCUAUGAAAUUCUGUUAUUUUGUAUAAGCUUAGGAUCCUACUUUAAGAACAUAUGAUAGGUAUCUGAGUUAAUAAAACUUAAUACCUUCCCUUAGUAGCUAGCAAGAUUUAUAUAAGAAUCAAACUCUCAUUUCUUUUUGUAUCAGCUUCUUCCAAGUCAGAUUGAUAGCUCCACGCCCUCCAGAUUUUAAUUGCACCAAGGUAUCAAUAACACUUGUUUCAUCAUUUUAUCUCUAUUUACUUUUUUCUUCCUGUGUAUGUUUCUUUUUACCUUAGUUUCUCCGGUUUCCACUCUUCAUAGCGCCAUUUCCAUGUACAAAUGCAGGUGUCUAUGCAUCCCCAAUAUUUAUAUAUAUUUAUGUGCACAAAUAAAUAUAUUUCCAUGUA